AUGGCCCCGUUCGGGGAUAAGAACCCAGAUGGGGGCUUGAAGAGUGCCUUUCGAAAGCCAACACCCGAAGAAACCCCAAAGACCAAAAGUGUUGAUGAGAUAUGGUCGGAAGCGAUGGAGGAAAUUGCUAAGGACUACAGCCUUUCUUCCAAAGAGCUUGAAAAAUGGGAUGGAAAGCUUGGUUACGGAGAAACUGGCACCGAAAAAGCACAGGCGCUGUUCGCGAACUCGCGGCAUCCGGGUGAUAAGAAGGACAAGGCGACGAAGGCAGUCGGCAACUGCCUUGAAUGGGUUGAAAAUGGCCUCGGUUUUGUGAAGAACAAUAUCUCUGGGACUUACGCAGUACCGGUCCAGAUCUUGACUGGCUCAAUUUCGUACAUGGUCAAGGCCGCCCAGAACGUCAGUGAUGAUUUCGACCUGAUAGAGUCGACCUUUGAGACUCUGGACAAUGCGCUUGCGGAGAUUGGAGAUCUACGGCGGUUCAACUUCAAAUCAGACAGUAUUACAUUCCUUGAAAGACUGACUGCCAUCUUUAUUGCCAUGGUAAAGCUAUGUGCGCUGAGUGGCAAGGUGUUUUCGACCAGUAGAAAAGAACGUUGGUUCAAGACACUCGUUGGAGGAAGAGACCAAAAGAUUCAAGGGGCUUGCGCAAACGUAACGAAGGCGAUUCAGGCGUUUCGUGAUAUGGUGCCACUUCAAACUCUGGGUCAGAUUCAGAUGAUGUCUACGGCCAUGCAGGAUAUGCCCGACCGAUUCGUCGAGCAACUGCAGACAAAGCUGAAAUACUCCGAGCUCCAGCCGCUUUGGGGCCGAUCGCAAAAGUUAUUGGAUCAGAUCAAGGAUCCAUUUAAGAGGUGCAACCUCUUCCACCCCGAGGUCGAAGCACGAAUGGAAGCUCAGAUGGGACUUGUGGACAAACAGCUGGUAGGCGGCACGUUUUCGUGGACGGAGGAUAAUUCGACUUAUAAAGCGUGGGAAUCAGGCCGCAAAGCUCCAUAUCUCUUCAUUCUGGGGAGUGCCGGGUCUGGAAAAACAUUUUUUGCUUGUCACUGUUACAAGUCGAUUCAAAAGCAUAGUGUGAAGGUCAUAGCGACUAGCGAAGACAGCUCUGAGAGGAAGAGAGCCCCGUUCGUUACCUAUUUCCCGUUCAAGAUCGGCAGGGAAGAGUCUCAGCAGCUGGGAAAUAUUCUUGCAUACACUAUCCUUCAAGUUGCGAUGCAAGACACGAAACUUCGUGAGUCCAUUGCGCAAGACUUGAACACAUCCAAACACCUCUUUGAGAAGGGGAAAGAUAUCGAUCAUGAAAGAACCAAAUUCCUUUGGCAAAAUCUACUAGUGGCCAAGUUUGAGAGAACCCCAGAGGCCUCGAGGGAGCUGUUCAUUUUUCUUGACGGGAUUGAGGUGAUGAACGAGUCAGACCGCAAAAUGAUGCUGGACCUAUUCCAAGGGUUGAGUCCAGACAAAUGCGGAAUCCGCAUAUUGAUGACCGGAACAGAAAGCGUCUUGAUAUCCAAAAAGGAAUUUGGGCUUUCAGGAUGCCCCAAAAUCACUUUGGAUGAAAGGAUCAGAAAGGAAAAGGACAUUGAGAAAAUCAUGCAGUUCCGCAUCCAAAAUUCAGAGAGAUUGAAAUCAUAUAAUGCCAAGGUUUGGGAGACAGUAGAGCAGAAGCUUCUGGAUAGCCCGAAUCCAAUCUCCACGGUGGAUAUCACGAUGACGGUGAUGGAUCAGGCCGAUGAUGAAAAUGGUGGCAUGGAGAUGAUAAAGGAGUUGACGAAACAGAACGGGCUGUAUGAGGCAAUGAUUCGCUCUGUCCUCAUUGGCAAGAGUGACAAAGAGCGUGAAUUCUUCCGGUUCAUUUUUGCUUUGUGCACUUUCACCCAGCGACCAUUGAGCAUAUACAUCCUCCAGGAAUUUGCAAAGCAGGAGUCAAUGUUUCGGAACUCAAACUUGGAUGUGGUUUACCAGAUUGAGACACGACUGUCAAACUUCUUGUAUGUGACGAAUACAUCCGACGAGAAAUUGGCGCCGGAAGCGGGUCAAGGGGAAGAGAAAAAAGAGGACAAAGUUGCUAUCAGCAAACAACAGAUGGUCACUUUUAGACAGGCCUCCUUUCAUGAAUAUCUCAAGAACAACACAAAUGAUCUGAUACCAGACCCUUUGAAAUCAAAGGUGUCGUUCUUUGUGAAAUUGACCAAUUUACUUUGCGGUAAGGACACUGAUAGUGCUGGACUCCGCGACGUCUUUCAAGACUAUGCUGCUCGAUGGUUUAUGGAACACCUGAAAGAUAUUAAUGUUAAGAAAGCGGACCCCACAGAAGGCUGUCAAGUUGUUGAAGCCAUUACCAGGGUAUUCCGCAACGAUGGCGACGUUUCUCGCCUGUUUGAAGAUAUUUCCAGUGAUUCAGACUACCAUUCCGAUGGGGCCGAUAUUUACGACAUAUCGACCGACGCAGAAUCAAGUGGUUUUGAAAACCUCAAAGUCUUCCGGGAAUGGGCCAAAAAGAUGAAUUUUCACGACGAAGAGGAUCUCUCUUCUCAGGCAAAGGAAUGGAUCGAAGGUACCAUCCAUGAGCCCCACAAAAUGCUCGAAAUUUUGGCUCGGGGCCAUUUUCAGAGAUGGACGGAAACAAAGAUCUAUGAAGAGGCCAAAAUCCCUUAUAAUUUCCUUUGUCGUGCCCUCCAAUUGCGACAAGGGAGAUCAGACGACUUUGAACAGGCCGGCAUUACAAAGAUCAAGUCCCUGUUGGAAUAUGCAAAAGAGGGGGAGUUCAUUCAGACACCGAUUCAAAUCGCUCGAUGCCAAAUCUCUGCAGCCUUGGUUUUACAUAAUGGCUCUUUUGACGAAGAAGACAGAGAGUUUGCGCGCGAGCUUUAUGAAACGAACCUUCAGCAGAAGAAAACAUCUGGACCAGAGAAGUUCUAUUCGCAUUUGGGACUUGCGGAGCACUUCUACAGAGCCAACCAAGCAGACUCCGAAGAUACAGAAGAUGAUAAACCGGACCAGCGCUGGAAUUUAGUCCUUGAGCAUGCGGAUGAAGCACUACGUGCCUGGUGGAAAGAGAAAGGGGCUCUUGGCUCUGAUUUGAAUGAGGAGAGAUGCAUAAAGGCAUUCGUUCUCAAGGCGCUUUCCUUGAACCAGCUCAAACAGGAUGAAGAAGCGAUCAACACUUGUCAUCGAUGCCUUGAGGAGGGCUUUCAAUACAACCCUCAGAUAUCGGAGCUUCUUUCCCUCCUUGUUGAUAUUCACUCCAAGAAUAAGAACUGGGCCAAACUGGUCAGUCUUGUGUGGCAGCAGAAGCAAAAUGUCCAAGCAGAGUUCCUCAAUCAUCUUUUCUAUGAAUUGGACACCUUAGACAAAGCCUAUCUUCUGAUGGAGGCGGCGGUGAAAUCGAACAGAGUCGAUUAUCUCAUUCGAAUGGUCGAAGGAGCGCGCGAAUAUGCAAAAGAAAAGGAUGGCCCGAGGCUCUUUGUUAUGACAUGGAUGCUUGCUUACAUCUACCGAAUCGUGGCGAAGGUACCCAGAAUGGCAGAACACCUCAUGAUGAACGGGGUUCCAGACAGCGACCAGUACAGUACGGCUCAUGCUUACUUCGCCUUCCCCGGACUCGUCACUAUAUAUCAGGAGUACUUCAUGAGUGCUUGCUCUGAAAAGGCCCAGUUGGAUUUGAUUCGAAAAUUGGAACUCGCAAUCAAGUCUUACGAGAAGAAUAUCCUCCAAGACAACGGCACCCUUUCAAAGGCAGAAUUGGCACUUGCGAAGAUGUACCUCGGUAUAGGUAACACCCAGCAAGUCGAGGCUCACCUUAAUCGCGCCUUUGAUAUAUGCAUUGUUGAUUUGAAGGAUUCCAUUGAUUCCAACGACCAAAAUGCUUUCCGUGCGCUAGCCAAAGUGUUGGCGUUCUUAGGUUUAGAAACAGAAGCUCAGGUUGCGCUUUCGCUCAUGUGUUCGCGGGUCGGAGGGAGUGGCGAUGAACUACCAUUACCCGAGGAACUCAAUAUGACGAUGUCAUCUCCUGACAUGGAUGAUGAUAACGUGAAUCAGCCUGAAGAGAAUGGGGGGACAAUCGGCAACAUUAACACUACUAAGGCUACCACCGAUGAAGAUGCCACGCAGCUGGCCAAUACAGAUCUCGAUCAAGAGAACAAGGAUCCCAAUAUCAUGCCGCUCGCCAAUGUGGAUUCCACCCCUGACCAGAAGGUUGAGGAUGAAUCUGAAUCCCCAAAUUCUGCCACGGAAAUUCCCCAUUCGCCGUCCUCAGAGCCUCAUGAGAAUCAAAAGGUUAUUGGCUCUGAGGAGCAGCCCAAAAAACCCAAAAAGCCAAGUUUCACCUUUUCUCAAGAUCUGAACUUUGAAGAAAGUGGGAUCUCCUGCGACGGUGUGUGUGAGCCAAAACUCAAUAUCUCAUCAUUCGAACCUGGGGGUCCCAAGCUCAUGUACUGUCUGGACUGCAUGGAUGUGGACUUUUGCGAAGCAUGCCACAUGAAACAAAUCAACUUCUUUGACAAGGGCGAAGAUGGCUUCUGGUUCAAGUGCUGCUGGGCACGACAUGAAUACCUCCAAGGGCCCAUUGAUGGCUGGCUUGGAGUGAAGAACGGGUUCAUUUACAUGGAGAAUCAAGUUGAGGACAAAGUUGAGAUAUACAAAGUUCAAUUCGGAGAUUGGUUGACGAGUGUUGAAAGCCGUUGGAAGAAACGCAUCAAAACUCCCACUGUCUGGGAUGAACUUCGAGCUCGGCAGCGUCCGCAGGGAUUGUUUUGA